AUGUUAAAACGUCCUGCUGCCGCGGGCAUGUCUUCAUCCAUGGGUCCUGCCAAGAAGCAACGUAGAACGAAGCCGGUUGUCAAAGAUUAUAUGUCACUCAGCAAGGAUGAUUUGAUUUCCAAAAAAAAUCAUUUGGAAGUUGUGCAGCUUUUGAUGGAUCUCAGAGGUGCUUAUCAACAGCUGCAAGUUGAAUAUCGAAAAACAAAACAAGAUUUGAUAGAUAAGGAAGAUGAGGCUGAAGAAUAUUCUGAAGAAUUUGAAAAGCUGAAAUAUGAAUUACCGGACAUAGAUCAAUUGGAGGUUAAGAUUGCCAAAAAUGAGAAACUCAUCGACAUCCUACUCAAGGACAACAAGGAUUAUAAGGAAACAUAUUACGAUUACAAGAAAGAAAAUGACGAGCUUAAGAUUCUGAACGAAGAGAAUGCUAGGAAGAUCACACGGCUCGAGGCGCAAAUUGCGAAAGUAGCAUCUAAGCCAAGAAAGAAUACUGCUGCUGCAAAACGAAAUUCUUUCGAUGUAAGACAGCAGGCAGAACAAAUACAGGAAGUUAUGCGCAGUCGCAAGACUUUCGUAAAACGCUGGUCUUAUACUUGCAUAGUUCCAUCUGCAGAUGUCUUCUAUACUCUUUUUAAUAUGGACACUGCGGCGGAGCUGGGAGCAAAGAAACAGUGGAAGCAAAAGAAGAUUAAUAUAGAUGACUUCAGAGAUAUCGUUGGUCGCUGCUAUGUUUUUAAGGUUGGAUACCCCCCCUUGGAGCCAGUUGGCAAAGAUGUCAUUUUGAGAUGGGAUGCUGGAGGAAAUAGCAUUACUGUGAGUGGGAAAUACGGUGUUCCAGGCAUGGCCUGCCCAGAGUGAACUUCUAGUCUCUAGAUUCUCUUGGUUUUUUUUAAUGCUGAGGGAGGGCGGAUGUCACUGGAAACUUUGAUUGGUUUAUGCAGAUCGUAAGCUCGGAUUUGUGUUAUACGUUUCAAGUUAUUAUAAAUGUUACUAUGAUUGUAAGAAUAGAAAGAACGCACUUUCUGAAGACUGUUGCUUGGUACUAUGUACAC